AUGGUCGCCAAGAACCGCAACACAGCCACCGUCGCCGCUGCAUCUGCAGCUAUGAUCUCCCUUCCCAGGGCUGUCGGUGCUUCCCCCGCUGCGCGAUGGGGCCACCAGGCAGUGUACGUCAAGUCGCAGAAAGCCAUGUACAUUUUGGGAGGAGAAGUCUCAGCUUCGGGUAGCCAGAUCACCAAUGAAGUGCUGAUCUUGCCUCUCAACUCGACUAGCCCCUCAUUCACCACUGGUUCUUCCGAAGGUCUUCCCCCACACGCCUUUGCCGCCGCUGCUCUCAGCUCGGAUGAGAGUUCUCUGGUCCUUGUAGGUGGAAUGACUUCAGACUGUAGUUCUGAUGGGCUGGCCCACACUCUGGACCUCUCGGGCGAUGAUGGAUGGACUUCGACCACACCGUCAAAGCUUAGCAGGCGAAGGGGAGCUCAAUCUGCUUGGGUUGACAACACCUCGGUCAAUGGGGAGAUCAUGGUUGUCGGUGGCAUUGCGGACUCCUACUCUUGCGCGAACUCCACCUCAGUAUACACUGCAUCCGAUAUCCUCUCUUUGCCCCUCUCCACCUCCGCCCUGGUUUCUUCGAGAUCCCUUCCGUCUUCUCUCACCGGAUCUACCCUGGCGGUGUCCGACUUUGGCCUGGCAUCCGACUCUUCUGGUAAGAUCUACUUGGCCGGUGGUCAGUCGUCUUCGGGCGACCUGGUGUCCCUCGACACAAUCGGUGUUUGGGACUCCACCAAUGGUUGGCAGUCGCAGAGCACAACUGGCGAUGUACCUGAUGGGAGACUGGGUGCUUCAUUGGUCGCUCAUCCAUCCUUGGACGUACUUGUGCUUCAUGGAGGCCUUGUCGCCAAUACAACCUCCGGCUCUUACACUUCGAGCCACUUGCUCGCGCUGCUCAACACCACCAGCUUUGAAUGGUCUACCCCUUCAGACCUCCAGCCGGACUCAUCAUCCGCUGCUUCCUACCACUCGGCGGUCAUGACAGACGAAGGCGUCAUGAUUUCGGCUUUCGGUCUCUCUGCUACCAACACUCCUCGCUCAGAUGUGACUUAUCUCGACUUGCGAGACACGUCUCAGGGUGCUUGGACAUGGGAGUCGAGCUGGAAUAGCAAUAUGCUGAAUGCCUACAGCACUGAUACGUCCACUAGUGCCAACGGCGCCACUGCAGCUUCGAGCACUGGUGGCGUCACAGCUGCAGACGCCAAGACGAGUUCGGGCACUUCUUCCAAGAAACUUGCGAGCAUCAUUGUUCCCGUCUUGGUCGUUGCGCUCUUGAUUUUACCCAUCAUUGUUUACCUCGUGCGUCGUCGCAUGCGAGUCAUGAAGAAGCGACGCAUGGCCCGACACUUCUCUUUCUCGUCCCAAGAGGAAUCUGGCGCCUUCACUUCCCCCUUUGACCAAUAUCUCGCUAAGCGUCGAUCGCAGGCACAGUGGCCUUUCGGGGGGCAGGAUGCGAACGAACAAGGCGGCGGCAUUGUCGGUGGUGUCACGGGCAGCCUUGGUCGCAUGGUGAGCCGAAUCAGUAACCGCAGUUCCGAAGACGAGCACAACAACAUGGAGGAAGGCGAGAGGCAGAUGGCCCAAGUUGGUCAACGAGUCCGAGUCAACGCGGAUGGUCAGCAGCCGAUGAACUGGGAGGAGAUCGACUUUGGCCUCGGGAAACUUGACGAGUCAAAGAACCACGAUUCUUCUCAUAUUGCCAGUUCGGGAGCGCCUGUCCGCGAUGAUCGGGACCUUACCGUCAGGACCACCACUGCUGGCGGAUACUCGGAUGACGUGCUUUACGCCGCCGCUGAGGCCAAGACGCCCAACUCACACGUCUUUGGAGAUGAACAUGCUGUCUCUCAACCGGCCAACACUCUCUCUUCUGCCUACCCUGCUAUUGAACCCACUCCUGCCUGCACCGCUGUCGCUUCGGAUGGUGACUGGAACCAGCUGGAGCAGAGCUUGUCCUCAAAGCCCGCUUUCCGCUCAAUCUCGCCCACUGCCCAGCUUCGUUCUCACGCCCACCUCGGUUCCCCAUCCACGCCUUCCUCUCCCACUCCCCCCACCACAGCUGCUGUCCAGCGCACUGCAUCUCUCACUCGUACAGUCUCACAGGCUUCGACUGUACCUAGUAUCCCACCUUUCGAGUUUGAGCGCACCGAGUCUCCCGGCGGGACGAUCACCCUCAUCAACCCCAAGGACAACUCUGAAGCGAAAGAACCCGAGACACUCCCCUUUUCCAAUAAGCCCAAGAGACUCUCCGGUACCCCUCACCGAAGUGUCUCUCAGCCCAUCAGCCGUCAGCUUGCCGGAGGCCUCAGCCGACGAGGCUCUGCGCCUUCUAGCUCUGGCUCUGAAGACGGCCAAUCUCCCAAGUUGUCUGGCGUGAGCGGUGGGCAGACCGCUCCCCAGAAGAUGAGGGCAGUGAGCGCCAGUCAUGCAGCGCCAUCUAGGAAGGCCAGCCUUUCUAGCAAUGGAUCGGUCAAGUACCCUUCUGCGUCGAAGAGGAGGACGCAAUUGAGGGUCGUCAACAUGGCCGAGGCGGACGAAGAGGAUCAGGUGUGA